AGGGGAUAAACUAUCACUAUCAUCAUCGCUAUCAUGUUGUCAUCAUCAAAAAGUGAUAAAGCUGUUGAAAGACAAAUGCAAAUGUUUGAAAUUGAAAUGAUGCAACAAGUUUUCACUAGUAUGACAAAUAGUUGUCUAGCCAAGUGUAUACCAACCAACUAUACUGAUGGGGAUUUAACAAAAGGCGAAGCUGUUUGUUUAGACCGGUGUGCUUCAAAAUUUAUGCAAGCGUAUAUGCAAGCGACUAAAAAGCUGUCAACAAUGGCAUCACCAGAUACAAAAUCGCUCACUGAUAAAUAAUAAGUGAAGCGCGAGCAAGUCUCUACUUGUGUUUUGCAUUCUUCCAUUGAAAACCAACAGCGAAUGAAACAAUAAAAUAAAAAUGUGCAUAUCUUCUCAUUUUUACUUACUUAUUUUUUUGUAUCAUACUUAGAGUUUUCAGUCAGACAAUAUUUAAAAAGUAAUAAACGCCUUU